AUGCUGAUCCGACCCGGGGAGUCCAACCGCUAUCCCGACCGCCGUCUCCGCAGAACCCCACCGUCAAGAGAUGAUCGCAGGAAGAGACCUCAUCCUUCCGGCGUGACACCAAGCCAAUCCGACCCCGCGCGUCUCUCGCGGGACGAUCCCAACAACCCCUCCGCCCCAAACGCCGUGCCGUCCACGUCACCCGCCCUGUCCACCGCGCAUUCAGCUGCCACCGUUGCCUCGACCGCAUCUACCUCGGCAUUCCGCAAUGUCUCGGCCUGUAAUCGCUGCCGGCUGCGCAAGAACCGUUGCGAUCAGCGGCUUCCGCGGUGCCAGUCCUGCGAAAAAGCCGGAGUCCGCUGCGUCGGAUACGACCCUAUUACCAAGCGGGAAAUUCCGCGCAGCUAUGUAUAUUUUUUAGAGACGCGAGUCGCCUACCUGGAGAAACAACUCACGGAGCACAACCUGGAAUUCAAGAAAGCGGUCGCUUUUGAUGAAGAGGAAGCUGUCAAGACUGAAUCCGACGGCGAUGCGGCGCAAUUUGGAUCUGGUGCUGAUAUCCAAGGCGCCGAAGGCUCAGAUAGGACGCGGAAGAAUCCCGCUCUCAAGGAGGAACCUGACGCGACUGUCCAGCGAGCAGAUGGAGACCGGGACCGAGAUGGGGACGGAGAUCGCGACUCCACAAGCGAGGAGAAUUGGCGCUUGCACAAUCUCGUGUCAAAUAUCGGCAUGGUUUCUGUGCAGGGAACGUCCGAUCCUCGAUAUCUCGGUUCAACUUCGGGCAUAUCCUUUGCUCGAGUUGUCUUCGCCGCGGUACGGAGUUCGCUGCCGGGCAAUAUGCCUGAGCGUGCUCCGAUCCGUCCAAGCGAUCGUUUGCCUCAGACGGCUGCUGGCCCUGGUGGGGGUACCAUGCGCGAUUCAUUCUUCGGGCUCCAGACAAGACCGAUGAUGAAGCGCGCUGCGUUCCCGGACCGAGAGCUGGCGGAGCGUCUGGUGGAUCUCUAUUUCGAACAUGCGAACCCUCAGAUGCCCAUUCUCCACCGUGGAGACUUUCUGGAACUUCUCGACCGCACCUAUCUCUUGGAAGAAAAGAACCGUUCGCCUCGAGCUCUUUAUAUUCUCAACAUUGUGUUUGCCAUUGGUGCCGGAAUUAUUUUUGAAGAUAAGCCCCAAGGUUCGGAUGAUGAGGACCGCGCCGGCCGUGACCGAGCUUCAUCCACCACAAAGCGGCCCCGGCUGUCUAGCCAUCAAUAUCAGCCGGAGGAAUACCAUGCUUCUGCAAUCGUGCACUUGGAAUCCUUCCUCGGGUCCUCGUCUAGCGAGGGAUUUGGUGGAUUGGAAGAGCUUCAGGCAGUGCUCCUCCUGGCCAGCUUUGCCUUGCUUCGCCCAGUCGCUCCUGGUCUUUGGUACAUCGUUGGCGUUGCAAUGCGCUUGGCUGUUGACCUAGGACUUCACUACGAGGAUGGCGUGGGCUUGGACACGGGCUCGAAAGACGAAACUCAAGUCCCGCCUCGCAUCGACGCCCGCGAGCGAGGUCGCCGCGAAUGGGUGCGUGACCUCCGCCGCCGUUUGUGGUGGUGCGUGUACAGCUUCGACCGCCUCGUUGCCACAUGUGUCGGCCGACCUUUUGGCAUUAGCGACCAAGCCAUCAGCACGGAAUUCCCGUCCAUGAUGGAUGACAAGUAUAUCACAAAAGCCGGUCUUUUGACGCCUCCUGAUGGCGCCCCGACGUAUAAGCAUGUCGCCUUCCACUACUUCAAACUUCGUCUCCUCCAAUCCGAAAUCCACGAUGUCCUCCAAUACCAGCAGACCCGUGCUGUGCGCAGGCGGGCAGCGGAAAGCGCUACCAUUCUUCCUCAUGCGGAGCUGACAUCUCCCUUCCUCCAAGGCUUUGACUCCUUCCGCUCGUGGCGCCAUGACGUGCAUGGCCGUCUGGUGGACUGGAACGAGUCUGCGCCAACACGUUCUGAUACAGGGGUGCGAUUCUCCAUUGAGCUCUUGGAGUUGAACUAUUGGCAGGCGAUCAUUUUGCUGUAUCAGCAAAGCCUGACGGUGCCCGCAGAGUUGGCUGGUGAGCUGACACCCGCGGAUGAUGUGUCCAGUCCAUCUUUCACUAAUCCCGACGAGGGUGACGAGGAGGAUCAUGUCUACCUCAAUGUGGCGGAGGCUGGCCAGAAGGUAAUUCGGAUCUAUCGACAGUUGCACCGGGUGCGCUUAGUGAACUACACCUAUCUUGCUACACACCACAUUUUCAUGGCCGGGAUCUCUUUUCUGUAUGCCAUUUGGCAUUCGCCAUUGGUCCGAAGCCGAUUAACUCUCGACGAGGUAGACUUUACUGUUCUUGCAGCAACUUCGGUCCUUGGCGACUUGAUGCACAAGUGUCCCCCGGCUGAGAAUUGUCGGGAUGCCUUUGAGCGGAUGAGUAAAGCCACCGUCCAGAUGUGCCUGUCGACCACUGGAUUCGGGUCUCAGGUCGACAUGUCACAAAUUCAAGCUUUUUCCCACAGCGCGGGCUCCUUGUACCCAGGCCGACGCCAGCAGAGACAACAGGUAGGCCAAGGGCAAGCCCGGCGAUCGACUCAAUCUCGUACAACACGGCCAGUCCCCAGGUUCGACAUGAAUCUGGCCGAUCUGUUCAGCGAUAGCAGCACGCCUCUGGCCGACCGGUCCCGAGCCGACAGCAGACCUGCAGGAACCAAUUACGCUGUUCGACCAGAGACUGCCGAGGCCGUCGCUCCUGGCCUGUCCCGGCCAUUCGCGCAGCGCACGCCAUCGAUGGAAUACUUUAUGAAAUAUGAAGGCCAAACAUCUCCGCAAGCCCCUCCACAAUUCUACUACGGCAACUCACCACCACCGAGUGGUUCCCCCGCCAGCGUUACCCACUCGGCCGGUGGAACCCACGGUCUCCCACCCUCUGGUCCAGAUAAUCAGCCGGGCAUGAGCCUGGAUUUCCUGGACUUUGGGUCUGGCAAUCCCGAUAGCCAGGCGAUGGGACAGGAUCCCAAUGCUGAGUACAAUCUUACCGGAAUGCCCACACUCGGCCAGAAUGUGGGUAUUGACCUUGGCUUCGGCAUGGCCAUGGACUUCCAGCAUGAUUGGAGUGAGAAUCCCAACUACGAUAUCCUUGAGGGGUACUUCUUCGGUGGUUCCGGGGCUGGCGCAUCUGGCGGUGAUGCUUAG